AUGCGAGUCAGCCCUGUUCUGCACCUGUCCUUCCUUUCUCCCAUGUACACUCCCCAGCACGCGGACGGGUCAGAGGAGGCGGUGCAGCUGAAGGUGCUGCAGACAGUGCUGACAGUGCUGCAGUCGCAGCUGCACCCCAAAGAUGAGGAGAGCAUGGCCAUCAUCCUUGGCAUCUGCCUUCGCCUUGCAGGCAGCACACGGCAGCUGGACUGUGUUCACAGCACGGCGACAGCAACGCUGCGGCAAGCCAUAGCGCUCAUCUUUGACAGAGCUGCCAGCAGUGAGGGCCUGCCGGUGCAGUCAGCCCCCCGCCAGGCCAACCGCGUGUGGAACACCUCGGAGCCGGGCGACAUCAGCCGCAUCGUCAUGGCCUCCCGGGCGACGGAGGGCGAGGGGGCAGGGCGGGGGGUGGGGGAGGAGCUGGAGACGGUGGUGCUGAAGGAGCGCGUGGACGACCUCUCACCUGCUGCUCGCAUGGGCCUCCGCCUGCUCGAGGAUCUCGCCGCCCUCGCUGCUGGCCAACAGGCGCAGUGGCUGCACGUGCCGUCACUGCAGCGCACGUUCGCCCUGGAGAUGCUGGUGUACGUCGUCUCGCACUAUGCCACGCUCUUCCGCCGCCUCUCUCCCUACCAGCAGGUGCUGCAGCACAAGCUCUGUGCACUCGUCAUGACGUCACUGCGCUCCACAGGCUCUGAGGAGGGGGAUGUGGGCGAGCCAGGGUACCGGCGGUUGGUGCUGCGCUGUGUGGCCACCCUCGUGCGGCACCACCACGCUCUGCUCACCACCGAGUGCGAGGUGUUUCUGCUGAUGCUGGUGAAGAGCGUGGACCAGGACCUGCCUCUCUGGCACCGCAUCCUCGUGCUCGAAGUGCUCCGGGGCUUCUGCGUGGAGCCAGGGACCCUUCAGCUCAUAUUCAAUCUUUUUGACAUGCAGGCGGGCAACAGCAGCAUAGUGGAGGAGAUGGCAGUGGCGCUGGCGCACGUGGUGCAGAGCGUGCAGGUGCCAGAAUCCAGUGAGGAGAGUCUAGCUGCAGUGGCCGGCAUGUUCAGCAGCAAGGCCAGAGGGGUGGAGUGGUCCAUGGACUUUGACUGGGCGGGCAGCGCAGUGGUGGCGGCCAGUGAGGCGCACGCCAUAACGCUGGCGGUGGAGGGGCUGCUGGGCAUCGUCUUCACCAUCGCGCUGCUCACCGACGAGGCCAUGGACCACUCGCUCUCCCACUCCGCCUCAAUGCCCAACUCCCCCCUCGCGACGCGCAAGCAACCGCACGCUCAGACCAUGGGCCAGGGCGGUGGGACUGCUGCCACAGAUGGUGCUGCAGGGGGUGGUGCGCGCCAGAGCGAGGAGAGGACAUCACCCGUGGACCCCCCCUUCCCACGGGUGCCAGGGCAGCACUCUGCCUUGCUGGCCGAGUCUGCCUCCCAUGCGCCCUCCCCAGGGCUCACUCGCGGCCUGCUGGCCCUGCUGGGCGGCAUGCAGGAGGAGGGCGGUGGGGGCGAGCUGAUGAAGAAAGGAGAUCAGAAAGAUGAGGAUGCGGAGAGCAGGGGCAGCAGUGCAGAGGGGCGGGUGCGCGGAGCACUGGAGGAGCUGUGUGUGCGCAUGGUGGAUGCCGUGUGGAAGACCGUGCUCGAUGCCCUCUCCAUCAUUCUUGCUCGGUCACAGGGCGAGGCUGUCAUUCUGGAAAUUCUACGGGCAUACCAGGCAUUCACUCAGGCAUGUGGGGCGUUGGACCUGGUGGAUCCACGGGACGAGUUCCUGGCAUCGCUGUGUCGCUUCACGCUCGUCACCUCACCAUCCAUCACCACCAUGGCGCCCCCCGCCCAGCCCUUUGACUCCGACCGCUUCCAACUGCCCUCCUCCCCGUCAAGCGCGUACCUGUCGCCCAUGAGGUCGCUGGACGCAUUGCUGGGCGUGGAGUCACGGGGCGACCUGCUCGCCUCCUCCAUGGGCUCCGCUGCUGCCGCCUCUGCUGCUGCCCUGGGGCAGGCCGUGCCUGUGCUCACACCCAAGAACAUGCACGCCCUGCGCACCCUCUUCAAUGUCUCGCACCGCCUCUGCGCUGUGCUUGGACCGUCCUGGGAACUGGUGAUGGAGACUCUGGCUGCCCUCGACCGCACCAUCCAUUCGCCAUACGCCACCAGCCAGGACGUAUCAACAUCAGCAUCAACGCCAGCAGCAGGGUCACGCGGGUCCAAGGACACAGGCGCGCCCUCCUCACAGCAGUCCGACUUCUCCGUGCUCGCCACCCUCGAUGCACAAAGCACGGUGCACAUGGACACAGCGGCCGUGCUGGCCCUGCUGGCGGCGCUGCGAGUGGUGUCCAACCGCGCUCUGCACUCCGUCACCACCGGCCUCGGCAUCGCUGCCUCGGGCUCCUCCGCUGCUGCUGCCGCCGCUGGCACGUCUGCUGCUGCAGCUGCCGUGGCGUCUCCUCUCACCACGGGCGCGCUGCCGUCGACGCUCAAGAUGUUUGCCGUGGAGCGCAUGCUGUCCGUGCUCACCCACAACAUGCACCAGGUCAAGGCAGGCGCUCUGCGCAUCCUGCUGCACAUGCUGGAGGUGAGUCCGGCGCAAUCCAUUAGCAAACCGUGGCAUGCUCUCUUUCUCUUCUUUCCCCUCUCCCUUCCUCCUUCGCUCUCUUCCAUUCUCUCUCAGUCCAUUGCUGAUGCCCUUUUGUGUCCUCUCUCUCAUCUGGUAUUCUGCACUGCCCCUCCCUUCACUGCCUGUCUGCAGCGCCAUGGGGAGAAGCUGCACUCCACAUGGCCCACUGUGCUCCACCUCCUGAGGUGUGUGGAGGUGGUGGGGGCGUUUGCGGGGCAAGUGGCGGAUGUGAACAUCUCUCUCACGGCAGUGGGGCUGCUCUGGACCAUGGCUGACUUCUUUGCUCGCGGCCUCGACCAUGCCACCACCACACACCGCACUGCCACCUUUUCCACACUACUCAACCAGUGUGACCUCCCCUCCUCCUCCUCGACAUCCUCUGCAGCAGCCCCUCUCACCUCCGCCUCCCCUGCCACAUCUCUUCCAUCAACGGCGCCAGCAGCAGCAGCAGCAUCAGCACUGAAGCUGCCAGCGUCAGCCACGCCCUCCACCUUCACCAGGAUACACAGAAAGCCGGCUCACACAGACGCAGGGGGGACCAAACGGGGAGAGGGGGGUGAAGGAACGGAUGGGGGGGGAGGGCAGGGGAGGGGAUCUGGCAGUGGGAGGAUGUUGGACGAGCGCAGCAGCGCACUGCUGCUGGCGGUGCUGUGUGUGAUGGAGGCACGUGCCAAGGACGGGCGGCCGGAGGUGCGCAAUGCUGCGAUGCGCACGCUGUUCCAGACGGUGGUCAGCCACGGCGCCAAGCUGCCCCCUGCCUCCUGGCGCCACUGCCUCUGGGACCUCAUCUUCCCCCUCAUCGACUCCGUUCGCUCCCUUGCAGCCACGGCGUCGAGAGACGAGGCGCCGGGGACGGAGAUAGGGCGGCAGGGGGGGAGGAGUGUGAUGAUGCUGGUGCACCACAGCCGCAACACGGCGCAGAAGCAGUGGGAUGAGACGCUCGUCAUGGCGCUCAAUGGCCUUGCUAGGCUCAUCCGCGCCUUCUUCCCCCUGCUGCAUACCAUGGACAACUUCCGGGAAGUGUGGGGCGCGCUGCUGCAGUUCGUGGAGGAGGGGGUGCUGGCGGGCAGCAGAGAAGUCAGUGCUGCUGCUGCCAGCACCCUGCAGACCAUCAUGCUCACACAUGCCACCAAGGUGACCAUCAUGCUCACACAUGCCACCAAGGUGACCAUCAUGCUCACACAUGCCACCAAGGUGACCAUCAUGCUCACACAUGCCACCAAGGUGACCAUCAUGCUCACACAUGCCACCAAGGUGACCAUCAUGCUCACACAUGCCACCAAGGUGACCAUCAUGCUCACACAUGCCACCAAGGUGACCAUCAUGCUCACACAUGCCACCAAGGUGACCAUCAUGCUCACACAUGCCACCAAGGGCAGCAUCCCGCGGCACUACUGGGACAGCAGCAUGGACGCGUACGAGCUGCUGCUAAGGGACAGCACGGCGCCUGCCUCUGUGGUGGCGGUGCGCACGAGGCAGAAGCUGCUGGAGGACCUGGCGGAGGUGUACAGCACGGCGGGCCUCGCCUUUGAGGACCACGACUACCUGCGCCUGCUCGCCUGCGUUGAUGUCAUGGCGCGCUGCCCCGUGCUGCCCUCUGAACCCCCUCCCCUCGCUGGCACGCUGCCCCAGGUGCAGCGCACGGUGCUGGAGGUGCUGCCGCGCCUGCAGCCCUCAGCGCACGCGCAUCUGUGGCCCGCACUGCUGCAGCAGCUGCUGGCGUACCUGCCGGGCGGGGACCGCCUGCUGUGCCCGCACUGCCGCGUGCCGCCGCGCUUCCUGUCCGAUGCCUCCCAACGCCACGCCCCCAAGGUUGCCCUCGCUGCCGCUGCAGGGGGUGUGGACGGCAGGGGGGGGAGCAGCGGCGCUGGUGAAGGAAGAGAAGAAGGAGAAGGAGAUGAUGGUGGGGAUGCGGGCGGAGCAGGCAGCGAGGAAAUCGAUAUUCAAGGAGGGGACGCGGAGGGUGCCACACAAACUGCCAGCAACGGCAGUAGCAGCCGGACGGCAUCAUUCGGGCUAUCGCUGGGCGGCAAGGUGCAGCUGUUUGCGCCGGCAGCGGUGUACGUGCCGACGUCAGGCAACCCCACGGGGUCGUUCAUGCUCAGCUACCCCGUCACGGCGCCCGGCGCCCUCUCACCCGCUCUGCAGGACCGCGUGGUGGCACUGCUGCUCGAGCUCUUCCUCAACGCGCCCCCCGAGGCCAGAGACACCGUCCUGCCCGACCUCGUUGCUGCUCUCGGCAGGUGUAUGCUCAUCCGCCGCACGUCGCCUGACCUUCAGCUGUGGCGCACGGCCGUGGCCACGCUCUCAGACAUCCUCAAACACGCCCUCCUGCCUGACCCCCCUCUCACACCACACGCCAAUCAUACCUCUCCUGACCCUCAGUCCCCUGCACACCCACCGUCUCCCAUGCAUGCUUCUUCCACACACCACCACACCAAGCACCAGCAUGAGGCACAUAAGGAAGUAAGUAAGGAGGGCAACGGUGCAGUUGGCAGCAGCAGUGAGGGGGGGAGGGCGCGGCAGCGCAUGUGGCAGGAGCUGGCAGCGGUGGUGGAGCAGUUCGUGCUCGGCACAUGCGGCACCGCCCUGCUCCCAGACCUCCCCCUCUCACCCGCCCAGCCCUCACCAGCACCACCCCCAGGCCAUUCCCCCCGGCGCUCCCCCAGAGUGGGGGGAGGGGAGGGCGCAGGGGGCAGUCCGCGGAGACAAGCCGCCCCUGGCAGCGGCGGUGGCAGCGGGGCAGGGCGGGCCCCAGGGGCGGGGGGAGCAGCCGUGCCUGCUGGGAGGGGGGCGGGGGAGGCAGAGAGCAGCGAAUGGGGCACAGGCAGCGAGGGGAGGGGUGGAGGAGGCGUGGGCAGCAGUGGGUGGGCGGGGGAGGCGGGGUCGACACGGGGAGUGUCGGAGCUGCUGACUCGUGAGGUGGUGGAGGCGGAUGAAAUGCUGGAGGCUCUCUUCCUUGACACCCUCUGCACGCGCGUGCUCACCCACUGCUAUGACGCGCCCCAAAAGGAGAGGGAGCGGCUGGUGGCAGUGCUGGAUGCGUGUGCUGCACGCACCAGCGCGCUGCCCCUGGCUGCUGCAGCCGCGCUGCCAACCCACUGCGCGCGCUUCUCCCUCGCCUGCCUCUCCCGCCUCUUCAUGCUCGCAGGGCAAGGCCGUCCAGAGGACACGCUGGCAUCGUCGUCGGUGGCGGUGGGGCGGCUGGUGCUGCCUCGCCUCGUGGCGCGCUGCCAUGCCAUCCUGCACUGCUUUACUCAAGACUCCCUGCAAGCAGGCUCAGCAGCCAUGCCGGCGGUGCGGCUGGCGGAGAUGCUGCUGCUGCUGCAGGAGCUGGUGCGCCUCGUGCUGCACCCCCUCGUCGCUGCCGCAGUAGACGUGCCCAUCGCACCCAAGGUCACUGCCGAGGCGCACGUCACAGCACAGGCAGCAGCAGCCGGGGACACGCUCACGAGGGGUGAGGUGGAGCGGGCGUGGGAGCGGGACAGCGCAGCGCCGCGGUUUGUGGACAGCGAGGGGCGGCAGCUGGGGUGGCAGAGAGCGCACCUGCUGCUGCUCUACUCGCCCCUCUGCGACCUCGUCUUCCUCCGGGAUGCAGACCUGUCCAACCUGUGUGCCAUCAUAUUUCGACUGAUAGGCAAUGAACUGGGCCUGCUCAGACACGCAACCCCACACCACUAG